CACGUGACUCGCGCCGAGCCGCUCUGUCGGCCAUGUUGUCGGCAAAACACGGGGUUCAAAGGAUUGCGCUACUCUGCUCCGUAGGAGCUAUAUAGUGCUCUACUCUGUACCUGGUUUGUUUCGCACGUAUUUUAACAGGAGUAAAACAACAAGCUAGAUCGCUAAAUGAGUGGCACUACGGUAAGCUACACAAGUAGACCUGACAAUGUGCUCGACACUGUGUGAGUGCGACGGAAUACCCGACGCUGUUCCUCCCGUCGGUAUCCUCGAAGACGCCAAAGGUAACACGUGUAAGACGUGCGAUGACACAGCUCAUGUGGUCCUGCGCAAGAAAGACGCUUACUGCGUGUCGUGCUUCCUCGCUGCCUCCACGCAUAAGUUUCGCUCCACCCUCGGCAAGUCUAAACUCAUCAAACCGAAACAAAAGAUCCUGGUCGCCUUCUCGGGCGGCCCCUCAUCGGCCGCCAUGCUCACCCUCUUACUUGACGGCUUCGCCGAAGACGCUCACAAGCGGUUUCUCUUCGAACCCAGCCUCGCCCACAUCGACGACUCCGUCGCAUCGGGCAAGUCCGAGGCCGACCCCUCACUCGGGGAGGAGGCCGUCUCGCUCAUGAGUUUGUCGAACCUACCUUUCUACACCGUGCCGCUCGAGCUCGUCGUCUGUUCCGACGUCGUCACCCUCGAUCCCGCAACCCACGGUUCGACAGUGCCCAUCGCCGAAGUGGACGGUUGCCGUCGGACGUUGGCGUCUUCGUUCUCCUCCUUCAAGAGCGCCACCGACCGCGAGUCCUUCCACAGAAUCACGUUACGACGGCUUCUCUUGAAACUCGCCCGAGACAACGGGUUCGACAAGGUGUUCACGGCCGAAACCGGCACACAACUCGCCGCGACGCUACUCUCCACCAUAGCGCUCGGCCGGGGUUCACAGCUUCGCGAUCAGGUGAGCUUCUUGGACGACCGCGACGGCCACAUCCAGCUUCUUCGCCCCAUGCGGGAGUUUUCGGCAGAAGAAGUGGACCUAUUCAACCAGCAUCGAAACGUGACGUUUCGGCAGUCGCCGCCGAAACAAGCCGCGAGCAUCGUCCGAUUGACGGAGCGGUUCGUGAACGGGCUUCAGCGGGACUUCCCGGCGACCGUGUCUACCAUCUGGCGCACCGGCGAUAAGAUCGCGCCUCCCGUGCGGACCGCGGGUUCGUGCUCGUUGUGUGGUUCACCGCUGGACACCGUCGACGUGCCGGUGGCUUCGGCCGUUGAGGCGCUCAGGCUUACGCGAGAGACGUCCAGGCAACGCGAAGGGGAGGAGCGGACUUCGCUGACUACGUUGGAGGACGAAGGGUGCCGCGAGCUGUGCUACGCCUGCCAGAGCCUGAUGGCUGCAGGCGAUCGUGCCACCAUAAAGCCCCUUUUGGACAGUACAAACCCUGUGAAGCCACAGUUGAGCGAGGAGAACGGUACUGCAACGAAAGGGCUGCCUGUUCUCUGAAGCGGUUGUGGAAGAUAGUUCUGUAAAGAGCUUUUCUUAAAUGGCUGUUGGAUUGC